AUGGCACAACAGGGACAACCGCAAACAGUGGCACCAGUGGAACCAUGCUGGAAUUACCCGAUCUAUCAGGCGUACCUCGCCCGGAUUGACCCGGCUGCGCAGCCCUACCGUAACGUCGUCGAUCACUUCUGGUUCAAUCUUCUACGCCAACGACAUUGGAAUGUCUUUCUAACCAACCUUCGUGAUCAACAAGCGCACCACGUCAUCGCCAUCGAAGCGAGGUGGUUUCCGACCGACACCGCGUCCGGUUGGCAGAAUGACUACGACUGGAAAGAUGUCCGGGAGACACUUCGAAGUCAUAUGCUCCGGGAUCAGACCAUGCGAACGACCAUGCAAACCACGUACGGUAUCGUGGCAGUUGGGGACCGGGUUCGCUUUUACUACAUGUCCAGGAACGAUUUGGAAGGUGAACUUUGCACCUGGAACGGUAAUCCUGUGAAUGCCCCAGAGGCGGAUGAAUCGCCCAUCUUGAAUAUUCACGACCCUAUUGAUCAGGAAAGAAUUCAUCAACUGAUGCUUCGCAUGCGUCAGGAUAUCCUCUCUGGGAACAAUACCUACUAG